AUGAAGAAAUCGCUGAAAUACACGCUCCUGCCUCGAGGCGGGGAGGCCGGACCUCACUCUCCCAAACCCAGUCGCUGGAGCCAUCGGGUCUGGAAAUGGGCUGUCCCAGCUCUUCUAGCUAUCACUGUCAUCUUAGCGUUGGCUGUGACGGGAGUCCAGGAUGGCAGUGAUUUCCAGAUACCGACAUCUGGACAUCCACCUUGUCCACAGUACCCGGCUUUGAAGGCAUUGAGCGCCGAGAGGCAGAACUUCGAGAAGGAAGUCAAGGAUACGAUCAGCAGUCCCGAGUUCUUCGAGAAGAGCAUCAAGCGGAUGCAAGGAGCUGUGCAGAUCCCGACCGAGAGCUUCGAUGAUAUGGGAAAGGACUUCCAUGCAUAUCUGGCUGAGACGUUCCCGAUGGUCUACUCGAAGCUAGAAUUCACCCCGAUCAACACGUACGGGAUCUUGCUCGAAUGGAAGGGGUCUGACGAGGCUCUGAAGCCGUAUCUGUUCAUGGGACAUCAGGAUGUCGUACCUGUACCAGCCGUCACCGAGUCCAGAUGGACAUAUCCUCCAUACUCGGCACAUUAUGACGGGAGAUUCGUCUGGGGACGGGGAGCUGCCGACUGCAAGAAUGUGGUCAUUGGCGUAUUGGAAGCCAUCGAGACCCUUCUCGAGAAGGACUUCAAGCCAGAGCGGACAUUUUUGGCCAGCUUUGGUUUUGACGAGGAGAUCUCUGGCCUCCAGGGGGCCAAGUUCAUUGCCGACCAUCUGGAGAACACUAGAGGCAAGAACUCUAUUGAGUUGAUCCUCGACGAGGGCGGCCUAGGGAUAGCAGAGAUGCAAGGUGCCGUCUUUGCUCUUCCGGGGGUCGGCGAAAAGGGAUAUUUUGAUGUCAGGAUCUCGGUUGAGACUGCAGGAGGACAUUCAUCUGUGCCCCCCGAGCACACGGGGAUCGGUAUUCUAGCUCAAAUAAUCGCCGCCAUCGAGGCUGCUCCUUACACGCCAGACCUCACACCUCUUAACCCGUAUUUCACCACGCUCCAGUGCAGCGCAGAGUACAGCCCCGAUCUCGAUCCGUGGCUCCGCAAGACCAUCAAGAAGUCGCUCACCAGCAAGAAGGCAGCCAAAGCCGUCGCGGAAUACGUAGCGAGCAAGGACAUCUCCCAGCGCUACUUGAUGCAGACCUCGCAAGAGACCGAUCUCAUCUCGGGGGGCGUCAAGAUCAAUGCGCUGCCGGAGAAGGUCUACGCGGUGGUCAACCACCGCGUCGCUGUCGAGAGCCACGUCGCCGCCGUCCGCGCCCACCUGCAAUCGCUCCUCGAGAGGGAGAUCCUCUCGAGGUUUCCCUUUGCGCUCGAUGCUUGGGGAUCUAUCAUGACGGCUGGAAACUCCUCCUCCUCUACUCCAGUAGGCACGAUCACCCUAGAGAACUUCGGCUCACCGCUCGAGCCCGCGCCCGUCUCGCCGUACGACACACACGCCUACAAGACGUUCACGGGAACCAUCAAGCAGGUCCUGGGCGAAGACAUCAUCGUCGCUCCGAGCUUGAUGACGGGGAACACAGACACGAAGUUCUACUGGGGACUGAGCCGGAAUAUAUAUCGCUUCUCUCCCGUGCGGGCCGAGGGGAGGGCAGAUGCGCAUACGGUUGACGAGCGGAUCGGGAUGAGGGAGCAUGUGGAGGGGGUGAGGCUCUAUGCGCAACUCGUCUUGAAUGGAGGAGACGGCAGGCCUUGA